UGCCUUGCGUUCCACGAUAUUUCACCCCAAGCUCCAACACAUUUUCUAGUGAUUCCCAAGAAGCCAAUUGUCAGGUUAUCUGAAGCAGAAGAUUCUGAUGAAUCUCUUCUUGGGCAUUUAAUGAUUGUUGGCAAGAAGUGUGCUGCUAACCUGGGCCUGACCAAUGGAUUCCGGAUGGUUGUGAAUGAAGGGCCUGAGGGUGGGCAGUCUGUCUAUCACGUACAUCUCCAUGUUCUGGGUGGUCGUCAGUUGGGCUGGCCUCCUGGCUAAGAUUUUUACACCACAAGAGUUAACUGCAUGCAUACAGAUUACCACCAAAUAGAUUUAAUAUGUUGCCCAUCAAUCUAGCCACUGUUAAUGUAUUUUUUUUUAAUGUGUGUCUACAAAGGGUAAUAAAUGCUCUGAACAAUAUUCGCACAAUAAAGAUUUAGCAUGUGGGAAU